ACACAAUCAUCAAGUAACAACUUGGAACACCAAGCAACAAUAAUCUUCACUCAAAAGUGAGAAAACCACAUAGAAACGCAGCAGCAAAUAGAGAUAAUUUUACCGACAUCGAGAGGUCAAAACAACAAUCCCAGAGUUGGAUAUGAAGAAGAGGAUGUCAGGAACAACAUACUAAAAUUUCAUCCCGAUCGGAGCUCGUUUGGUCAUCGAUCGGAGCACAAAACCAGUCUGCACCUCUCUUUUUCUUCCUUCUCUCGGUUUCACCCCAUUUCUUCUCUCUGUUUUCUCUGCUGUGCGGCUGCCCUUUCUGCCCGUGAGAAGCCAAAACAAAGAAAGACAAUUUCCUUUCAAAAAAAUGGUAGCCCAAUAAUAGAGCAAACGAAGGAUGCGAUGUGGGAUCGUAUCUAGGAGAAGUUCUUCACGGCGAUGAACACGGACGGCUCCUACCUUACCCAGGACCAACUCACUUCCAAAUGGAGCCACAUCAACCGUAAAGUCCGAAAGUUUAUCGAAGUUUACGAGGAAUGCGCCCGGUCCCGGAGGAGCGGGACGAACGACGCCGAUGUUCUCCGGCUUGCCACGACCCGGUAUCAAGAUGACGGGCACCAAGGCAAGAUGCCCAUCGAUCUUUGGAGGAUUUUGAGCCGUUCCCCGAAGUGGCAACAACUCAACAAUCCCGACGGCGGAUCGUCGAAAAAAAGAUCCUCCGUCGACGCCGAGGUUGAGGAAAAAGGGCGAGCAUUGCCAAAGUUUGGGGAGUGGGAUGUGAACGAUCCAGCAUCCGCCGAGGGGUUCACCGUGAUUUUCGGCAAAGCUAGAAAUGAGAAAAGGUCACAGGGUCCCAAGCCUGCAGAGUGUCCAUCAAAGAGAGAUUCUGCUCAUAAUAAACGCGAAGAAGCUACCCUUGGAAAGCCUCAAUCAAAGAAAUGGUUUUGCUGCAUGCAUUCUUCUCCUGCCGAAUGAGAUGAAGAUCGGACGCACUCUCCUCCUCCACAAGACAACGGAUCGGAGCUCUAACUAAGCAGUGAUGAGUUUUUCAUUGCUGCAUUUUUGUUUUCAUUUUGCUGAGAGAGAUGUGAGUGUAUGAGUGCAAGUUUGUGUUGCU